AUGGGGGACUGGAGCGAUGUGAAUAGGCAGGGCUCGGGGCGCGCCCUGCUUGCAGAGACGAGCAACUCGAAGAGGAGAAGCAGGCAGCCAGGGGCAUCAGCGCAAUCCGGAGCGUCUCCCAGUUUCCGAAGCAAGUGGAGGGUCUCUGCCGGCGUCGCGGGCGUGCUGAUGUUUUCGAUGGCGCUUGCCGGAUUAGUGGCAAUAUUCUCGACCAUCCAGCGAGAGCGGACGCCGAGGGACGCCUCUCCGUCGCAGCAGGUGCAGGACGUGUCCCUGACGCGAUCAGAUGAAACGCGAGAUGUUAGAGCACCAGUAGAUAUUCAAGUAGAUGAGGAGGAGAAGGGGGAAGGGAAGGGCGGGAAACCUAAUCCCCAGGCCGAGACCGCGAAGCCGAACGUGUUCUUCAUCAUGGUCGACGAUAUGGGUUGGAACGACAUCGGCUACCAGAGCGUGGACCUGCAGGGUGUCACGCCUCAUCUUGACAGGCUUGCCGCGGGCGGGGUUAAGAUGACGAACUACUACACCAUGUCUAUUUGCACGCCAGCGCGAGCGAGUCUCAUGACCGGGCGGUACGUGAUGCGAUACGGUCUCCAGUACAGCGUGAUCCAACCGGGGGCACCGUGGGGUCUCCCUCUCACGGAGAAGAUCUUCCCCGAGUACAUGAAGGACGCGGGCUACGAGACGCACAUGAUCGGAAAGUGGCACAUCGGCAGCUACACCUCGAGGCAUAUCCCCAGCCAGAGAGGUUUCGACACGUACUUGGGAUACCUGAACGACGAGGAGAUGUACUGGACGCACCAGAGCUGGACCGCCAAAUACAACGGACGAAAGUUCUUCGAUUUCGGGUUCGGAAACGCUACCGGCUACUACGACGUCAUCGACAGAGAAGUCCCGGAUCAACUCAGGGAUGGCACGAUUAGCGAUGGCGACGAUGACGAAACCAUGCUCAGCGCCACAUCUAGCUAUUCAAGCUCUGGGGGAUUCUUCAAGGGUCGCUACUCGACGCAAGUCUUCCACAACAGGGCCCUUGAAAUCAUUCACGAGAAGACUCCAUACGACGACGAGCCUCUCUACAUGUACCUGGCCCACCAGGCUGUGCAUGACCCGCUGGGCCUGCCUCCCGCCGAGCACUUUACUCCGGACCAGCUUGAUCUUCUCGAGAGGAUCGAAACGGGCAGCGAAGAAGGGACCGAGGCCCUGCGAGCGCGCUUCGCCAAGGUGCUCAUGUACCUGGACUACACCAUCGGAGAACUGGUCGAGUACCUCGAAACAAAUGGUUGGAUGGAGAACUCGAUCAUCAUCGUGGCCAGCGACAACGGGGGCUGCCCGAGCUGCGGCGGAAGCAACUACCCCCUCCGCGGGAUCAAGCACUCGUACUGGGAGGGUGGCACCAAGGUACCCUCGUUCGUGUACUCGAAAAGCCACAUCCCAGAGGAACGCUGGGGGACCGAGUACGACGGGCUCAUGCACGUCACUGAUUGGCUGCCGACCAUCGCCGGCGCCGCGGAAAUCGAUCUCGAUGGAGGUGCCGGUCCCUUUGACGGGGUGGACCAGUGGCCGUUGAUCACGAGCGUGGCUGCUGAGGCAGAGUUCGGCAGCGCAAGGGACGAGAUGAUGUACAACUUCGACCCGUACAUCCUUUGGGUGGACAGCUCAGACGAGAUCGGUGACCCGGAGUUCAACCUCGCCCAGGGGGCGUUCCGAUCCGGCAAGUACAAGUACCUGGCGAACGAGUGGUGCACCGGGUGGUACACCUUCGACAAGCACAUCCUCGCGGAGGAACCCCUGACGAACCUCACCAUCGCUUGCGACGGCAGCCCCUGCUCCGACUGCGGCCAGGGCUGCACGAGCUACAACUACACGGACUACCUCUUCGACUUGGAAGCGGACCCGCGGGAAGAGACCAACCUUAUCUACGACCUCCCGGACGUCGCGCACAACAUGCGAGAACGGUGGGUGGAGGUGGCUUUCAGCGAGUGGGGUAACUCUUCUUACGAGAACAUCGAUCACCAGUCUUACUACGUCUGGGCGUCCUUCAACUGGUGGAUGGUUCCGUGGUGGAACCUCGUGGGCCCUGCGGCGGGCGGGGGAGGGAUGCGCCGGAAUUCAAUUCCUCAGUGAUUUGUGUGGCCAGAAACAAAUCCAGCUACUACAUACCUACCUGUGCGCGAGAACGCCGGGUUUGAUGUUGCUUGCGCUGCGUGACCAUGGGGGGGGGGGGAGGAUGGAUGCGUACCACGCCGUUAUCACAGCGCUAGAAGGACACGACACCGUUUUUGUCAUGUCCCGGACGUAAACGUACUGCUGUAGUGCGCGUACCGUGGUGUUGUGUGAUCGGCCCGAUGGAUUCGUCCGUCUUCUCUCGGUCUUGUUUUCAGAUAGCCUCGACUCGAUGACUCGAUUCGCUUGCGUUGUUUGCAACUACCCACCCGUAUCUCGGCGCUAAGGAUAUAGUCUAUCCGGCAUCCUCAUACUCUUGGUUGUAUUUGUUUCGGGCAUUGGAUGCACGCGCAUCACCAGGAGAAGUGUUGAAGCAAAGGGAGGCCGCGCGCCUGGCCGGGAAAGAAUAUUCAAGGUGUUUCGCCGAUGCGACAGCAGGUGUGCGGGGAUCGGGGUCACAUUCCAUCACGAUCACCGCAGGAACCUCCGCUAAAUUCGUCGAGAACAGGCUUGUUUUUCUUGUUUUUUGGAUGCUUACUACGUGUGGUGGAGUUGGGAGGGACCGGGAUGCUGAUAAGGGCCGAUUACGACUGGGAAUGAUGCAUCACGUCAAAUCUGUUGUUGUCCGUGGUCCACGGUCCCACGGUCCCACGUGAGAUGAGGGUGGGUGUGGUUGGUUGCAGAAGGCCGAGUGGGUGUCGCGCGGAGCAGCUCUUUUGUUUCUGUCGUGUGUUUCCCGUAUAUAUCGUUUGUAUGGCGAUUGGUAUUAUUUCCAAGAUACUUGUUGAUGACGGCAUUUGCGUUGC